CUGUGAUGUGAUGUGAGAGAUGCGGAUUUGAAGGGAAAAAAACCCAGUUUCAGAUUUUGUCAUAAAGCAAGACACGGAAAGAUAAAGACACAAACUUUGCCCACUGCGAAAGGAAAUCAGGGUUCUUUUCCUGAUUCUCUCUCUCUCUCGGCGUUGAGAUGAGAAGGUUUGAAAUCUUCAAAGGAACAGGACAUCUAUUAUUAUACAGAGAUUAUUGAGAUAAGGUUGUUGGUAGUAGUGGGAAGACAACAAGUACACCAUUACUGCAUAUUAUAAUAUGCAUUUUUUCUUCUUCAUGUCUCUGGAGUCAAACCCAAAUGCUCCAAGGCUGUCUUGUCCUGAUGCCAGAUUAUAUAGGGUUUCUUUCCCUUUGUCAUGUUUCACUGUCAUUGUUCAUUUCCUAAGGUUAGUCUCUUUUGAGACACGAUGAUGGGAAGAGGAAGAAGAAGCUGUCAUUUAACCAUUGCCUUCUUCUUCUUGCUAUGCCUUGCUCUUUCUUCAUGGGCUCUUCCUCUUUGCACCGAUUUGAGAGCCCCUAUGGAAGGGAAUUCAACAUUGAGCUUUUGUCCCUACAGUGGAAAGACAUGUUGCAACCCGAGCGAAGACUCGGCAUUGGAGAGGCAGUUCCGAGCGAUGAACAUUUCAGACACGGGAUGUGCUGCUGUUGUUAAAUCAAUCCUUUGUGCUAAAUGUGACCCGUUUUCAGCGGACCUCUUCGGGGUUAGUUCAGCUCCACGGCCAGUUCCCAUCCUUUGCAACUCUUCUGUUUCCGAGAAUUCUUCUCAGAAGACAAAGGACUUCUGCUCUGAAACAUGGGAUACAUGUCAAAACGUCUCCAUCUCCGGUUCUAUUUUCGCGCCCUCGUUGCAAGGCCGGACUGGAGCACCAGUGAAUACCAAUACCUCCAACUUGGCUGAUCAAUGGCAGUCGAAAGCCGAUUUCUGCAAUGCAUUCGGAGGAGGUAACACCAACGAAACCUUUUGCUUCAGUGGCGAGCCAAUGAAGCUGAAUGACACUAACCCGAACAACCCACCGAGUGGUCUAUGCCUCGAGAAAGUCGGGAAUGGCACUUAUCUUGCCAUGGUUCCUCACCCCGAUGGCUCAAACCGUGCAUUCUUCUCUACCCAAUCUGGAAUAAUAUAUUUGGCUGGUAUACCGGAUCAAGAGUCAGGUGGAGUGUUGGAUAUAGACGAAUCGAGUCCAUUUUUGGAUUUAACCGAUGAAGUCCAUUAUGAUACCGCGUUUGGGAUGAUGGGUAUUGCCUUCCAUCCGAAAUUUGCUCAGAACGGUCGGCUCUUUGCUUCGUUCAAUUGUGAUAAGUCCAAGUGGCCGGGAUGUACCGGAAGAUGCUCUUGUAACUCGGAUGUGAACUGUGAUCCUUCCAAACUAACACCUGACAGUGGUUCUCAGCCGUGCCAAUUCCAAACCGUUAUAGCCGAGUAUACCACUAAUGCUACCUCGUCAAAUCCUUCUUCGGCCAAGAAUGCUAAGCCAACAGAAGUCAGAAGGAUUUUCACAAUGGGACUUCCCUUCACAUCUCAACACGGUGGACAGAUUCUGUUCAGUCCUUCAGACGGGUAUCUCUACCUUAUGAUGGGAGAUGGCGGCGGAGGUGGAGACCCUUAUAACUUUGCUCAAAACAAGAAAUCAUUGCUUGGAAAGAUCAUGAGGCUUGACGUAGAUAACGUUCCAAGUUCUUCGGAUAUCGCCACGAUGGGUUUAUGGGGAAACUACUCAAUACCGAAGGAUAACCCUUUUCGCGAAGACAAGGAGCUGCAGCCCGAAAUUUGGGCCAUCGGGCUGAGAAACCCUUGGAGAUGCAGCUUCGAUUCGGAAAGACCUUCAUACUUCAUGUGUGGAGAUGUUGGACAGGAUACAUUCGAAGAGGUGGAUCUCAUAACCAAAGGCGGAAACUACGGAUGGCGUGUUUAUGAGGGCACGAACGUUUUCCACCCUGAAUCAUCCCCGGGGGGAAAUACAUCGGCCAAAUCCAUAAACCCGAUAUUCCCUGUUAUGGGAUACAACCAUUCUGAGGUGGACAAGAUCGGAGGAUCAGCUUCAGUAACCGGAGGGUACUUCUACCGGUCACAGACUGAUCCUUGCACAUACGGAAUGUACUUGUAUGCUGAUCUAUAUGGGAAUGGCAUGUGGGCCGGGAUAGAAAUGCCAGUUAACAGCGGGGAUUUCACGUCGAAUAAGAUCAAAUUCAGCUGUGCACCCGACUCUCCGAUGCAAUGCAGCUCUACUCCCGGAACUUCAGAGACUUCGCUCGGAUAUAUUUUCUCGUUCGGAGAGGACAACAAGAAAGAUAUCUACUUGCUUACAAGCAAAGGUGUUUACAGAGUAGUGAGGCCGAGCCGCUGCAAUUUCGCCUGUUCCAAGGACAAGAUCACUGCCGGGACGAGCCCACGGCCUUCGGGUUCUCCCUCUCGUUCACUUGGAACUACUCUUCUGAGCCAUUGCUUUGGAAGUUUGGUCGUUUUGUUAGUGUCUGUGUCUCUGCUUCUGCUGGUUUUGUAGCUGUAAUGUUGUCAGAACUGAGAAGCUAGAAAAGGGUUCAUCUUUCAUAAUAUGGUGUUUAACUGUUUGUUGUUUUCGGUGGUUGAAAACACUUCUUGAUUCUUGUUCUGUUGAUUUUCAGGGUGGCCGAAGAGAAUUUAUGUCUUGUAAUGAGGAAAAACAAUUUAAAAAUACACGGGUUUUUUCUUGU